AUGUCCUCGUACAAGGUUGAACAACUUCCGUCGCCACUGUCGGUGCUCGGUGAAGGUCCUCACUGGGAUGUGGAGCGCCAGAGUCUGUACUACAACGAUAUUUACGGCGGAUCCAUCCAUCGCUAUGACUACGCAGAGAACAAAACCUACAACGCUACCGUUGAGGGUUUCCCGGUGAUUGGGUUCAUCGUGCCGGUAAAAGGCAACGAUCGUCAUUUUCUUAUCGGCACCUUCCGUACGGUGACGCUGAUCGAUUGGGAUGGCCGCUCGGAGACGGCCACUUUCGUGCGAACGGUCGGUGAAGUCGAACCAGACAUGCCAGACAACAGGUUCAACGAUGGGAAGGUCGACAGCAAGGGCCGCCUCUACGCCGGUACCAUGCGGCUGGAAGCGAAGGGUGAUAUCUUCGAGAUGCGCCUCGGUACCUUCUAUCGCUACGACCCCACCGAAGGGGGUCAGUUCCGAGUGCUCAAGAAGAGCAUCGGUGUCUCGAACGGAUUGUGCUGGAAUGCGGCCGGCGAUCGGUUGUACUACAUCGAUUCGUGCGAUCUGGACGUGAAGGAGUACCAAGUGGAUGCGAAUGGCGAUCUGUCUAACGAGCGCGUCGUCGUGGACUUCCGUGUUGACGGCGAGCGACCACCAUUCGUUCCGGACGGUAUGACCAUCGAUGCGGAAGGAUCGCUGUACGUCGCCACCUUCGGUGGUUCCACCGUCUACAAGGUCAACUCCACCACGGGCAAGGUGGAACUGGAGAUUAAACUGCCGUGCGAACAGGUGACAUCGGCCGCAUUCGGUGGCCCCAAUCUGGACGUCCUCUUCGUGACGACAUCGGCGAAGGAAUUCAAAUCGCCACAACCGGCCCCGGCCGGUGCCCUCUUCAAGGUGACCGGACUCGGCGUCAAGGGAACUCCCAUGCACGCCGUCGCGUUGGACUAG